AUGCAGUCUAUCUUAUUUGCGAUAUUAUUCGUAUACAGCGAAGAACAGGCGCCAGACAUUUUUCCUGUAAGCUGUUAUCUCAAUGUACUUAUCAUACUGGAUCGCUCAGAUUCUGUUAAAGGUGGCUUCAAUCGAAGUCGAUCAUUUGUAUCUGAAGUUUCCAUGGAGUUAAAUAUUUCGCCUACAGCCCAUCGAGUGGCAUUAAUUGUGUAUUCUGGCUUAAACUAUCGUCGAGAAGUUUAUCCGUGGGCAUUUGCCAAAAAUAAUGAAGAAUUUCAAAGAACAGUAAAAAAUUUAAGAGCUAUUGGUGGGACGACCAAUACAAGAAAAGCUUUGGAACUAGGUUUAGAGUUAAUGGAAACAAGGAACAAAACUAUUCCAACGUUGAUUAUGGUGGUAACAGAUGGCCGAAGUGCCGACGAUCCAAAAGAACCUGCUCUGCGUUUACAAGCCAUACCAAAUACAUGGGUUUUCGUGGCUGCAACUGGAGAUCCACUUUUAGCCGAUAGGCAAGAAUUACUUACAAUCGCUGGUGAUAUUAAUCAUGUUAUACUGCAAAGUGGUCGUGAACUUGCUGCUGAUAUAACCAGAAAACUGUUACGAUCAGCACAGGAAAAAUGCCGUUCCACAACUACAACAACCACAACAACUACAACAACAACGACCACCACCACAACCACCACAAACCCAUAUUCUGGCUGUGAAAUGGACCUUGUCUUGGUGAUGGAUCUAUCGUCGACUACAUUCCCAUUAUAUCAGCAUUACAAAGAGAUGGCAGAACAGCUUCUCAACAGACUUUUAAUUGGUCCACGUUAUACACGAGUGGCUUUGAUUACAUUCAGCUCUGUUGGGAAAACGCACACACACUUUAAUCUGGGAAGAUAUGACAAUGCUAAACCAAUUAUCGAGCAAAUUCGAAGAAUUGAAUCUACUGGUGGAACAACUGCCGUCGGUGAAGGAAUUCGUAUAGCAACCGAGCAACAAAAUGAACGAUAUGGUGCCCGUCCACAGCAUAUAGCGAAAAAGGUAAUACUGGUGUUUACCGAUGGUUGGACUAACAAAGGACCAGAUCCGGAAACAAUGAGCAAAGAAGCAAAGCGUGCAGGAUUUACUGUGUAUUCCGUUGGCUAUGAGGGCACCGGUGAAAUCAAUGAGCAUAACGCUGGCAUCAAUCAGUAUACAUUGGAUGCAAUAGCCGAAGAUAUGAAACACGUUUACAACGAGAAAACUUUCGACCGUCUGGUCGAAGAACUUCGACAACGGAAUCUUCCGUGUAUAAAUGGUGUUGAACCAGGUGUUUAA